AUCCACUCCGCUUCGCCCUCCUCUCGCCAGAACAGAUCUGGUCGGCGGCGAUGGCGCCGCCCAAACCCUAGCCCACUUCCUUCGGCUCCACCGUCUCCAUCCUUCUCCUCCGCCUCCCACGCACCCGCGCAACCAUCGCUCGAGCCCAGCCUGGGAGUCGAUCCAAAUUCUCUCUUCAACUUACGCAAGCUAGCAUCCCUGCACUUCUUCCAGAAUGGAUGAUAGAGCAACUGAGCUGCGAGCCCUGCAGCAUGUGUUCUGUGAUGCAAGUGCAGAGCCCAUCAAGCUAUCAUUUGGAUUCCUGAAAUCUAUUACACAUGAAUUUCAGUAUAAAAUUGGUCAUGGCAGGUCUGGAUCUGUUUACAUGGGAUUUCUGCGAGCUGCUAGCGGUUCCGGCGGAAGAAGAAGAAGAAGAACCAAGGUUGCGGUCAAGGAGCUUUCUAAUCUGCAUGUUUUGCCUGAUGACAAAUUCCUCGAGUGCUUAAAGAAGGCAAACCACAAGAACAUCGUAAGACUUCUAGGCUAUUGCACAGUAACACAACAAGAGCUGCUUCAGUUCUACCGAGUGAACAAGGGCCAUAAAAUGCUGCUCUGCUUUGAAUAUGUUCCUAAUGGUAACAUUCUGCAUUAUCUUGAAGAAGAGAAUCAUGAAGACGAUUGGCCUGCACGCUACCAAAUGAUCAGAGGAACUUGUGACGGAUUGCACUAUCUUCAUGACAAAAGAAUUAGCCACCUUGACCUGAAACCUGAAAAUGUUAUGUUGGAUGCUCAGAUGGAACCAAAAAUUACAGAUUUUUGUUUGUCAAGAUUAGUAGAUCAGGGACAAUCCGAAAUGUCCACUCAUCACAUACCUGGAAAACUGCAAUCUCCUGGGCCAGAUAUUGUAUUUGAAGAACAAAGAUCAUUCAAGUCAGACACAUAUGCUCUGGGAAUUAUUAUCAUAAAACUGUUAACUGGGAACAGUAUGUCAAGUCUUGAGAAUUGGGAUGGAUUCAUAGAUGUGGAUUGCCCACGGGCGAGGAUGUGCGCCGCAAUAGCUCUAAGAUGCACGGACGCUGAGGAAUAUAAUAGGCCUACCUUACAUGAAAUAAUUUGUGAACUGAACAAGGUGGAGAGCAUGGUUUCACAGUUUCCCAUAAACCAGCUGCUGCACCCUGUCGGCACUAGUUUUGCAGUACUGGCAGCUUAUGCAUUGUUGCUUAUGAUCAGUACAAACUACAUCCAAAUAGCUGCGAUCCCGGCUAUCAUACUCGUUUUCAUCGGUGUUUUGUGGGGCAAUUUCUGGGUCAAGGGAAGACUUCAGCAUAGAAACAACAAUGGAACUGCUGCUAACCAGGGGAGUGGCAGCGGGCAAGCUUGGAGGAUGCUGCUACCCACGGUACUACUGUCGUAUUGUUUGCAGCUAAUCCAGCUUGCCUGUGCACAAGUGACCAAUGGACAACAAAGUGACAAUUUCCUCUUCUCUCACUCCCUCCUCUUCCUGAGUUCCGCGCUUGGUGCACUGGCCGUGAUGAUUGCCGCGCUGCCCAUCAGAGCCAAUCAAUGUGUGGCGCAGGGACAGCAGCUUAUUCACAGGAUCUUCAUUGUGGUUUUUAUGAUAGCAGUGCACAUGAUGGCUACAGAAUGGAUGAUGGUGGAGGUCAUGCCACUGGUUUGCAUGCCGGAGUUUAUUGCAUCACUUGUGUGGCUCACCACUGGUAAUUUUGAUCACGCCAGAUGUAUGGUGCUCAUCGACAAGGUAACAUCACGCAGAUCAACAGUCACCUUUCUCACUGCAGCAGUGGCUCUGUUAGCGUUCAUGUUUGCAUUUGAGAACGAGAUGGUACUUGCUAGUUACUGGUACAGAGGAAUCAUGUACUCCUGUACCUCGUCAGGGCUUCUAUCCUGCUUGUGCGUGUGGAUGAUCCUUCAGUGGCGGCCGGAUAUCUCUGCUAAUGUGCCCCUUGACUGGCCGAGCGGUAGUGCGAUCAUUUCCAUAAGAAUCCUUGAGUUCUCGGCACUGAUUUGCUUUGCUAUGUCAGCUGUGCUUCUCUUCAUUGGGUUCCUCUUGAAUUACUCAAUUCUGUAGAUCUAAGUUUGCUAUGUAAGCAUGCAUGGCUACCUUGUAUGGCGGCCUCGGGACAAAGAUUGACCAUAACUGUAGUGUUUUGCACUGUAUCUUCUAAUAUUUUUAUAACUACUAUUGUAGUGUGGUUACUGAUCUGGAUUGUUGAUUAUAGAUAGGAGGCUACCUUUGAAUCUCAUUACCAGAAGGGAAUGCAAACAUUUAUGCUUGUUAUCAACGAGAACAUCAGAAUAUUUCGUAUAUGAAAGGUGAUUGAAGAUGCUACAGUA